GGUGGACGACGAUGUCUAGAUAUUAAUGUUAUCUUUUCAUUUUGAUUUUUUUUGAUUUUUUUUUCGCUCUCUGCAUUUUGUUCCAUUGUUAUCUCUCUCUGCUUGCUUGACAGUAUUUAAGCCUGUAGACCUGUGUUAUUUUUAUACUGUUAUCGCCUAUCUACCUUAUCCUCAGACCUCCAGAUAACAACUGCUAUCAUGUCUCCCUCGAUUACCAAAAUGCACCCAUUGCAGCGGCUACCCAGCCCUUCAAGAGGGGUUUCGGCAUUAGUUCAUGCAUCCGGACUAGCCAGUUUUAUUUGGUCUUUCAAAUAUAUGCACGAUAAUCCUAACUUUGCCAACGAAGCAUACGGAUGGCACUUCCAGUACCUGACCGUCAUUGGGCUAUCGCUCGCGACAAUCACCUUUACCUUUGGCCUUCUGGCUGAUAUUACCCUCUCGCCGCGGUUAUUCUUACUCAAGAAUAUAUUGUCUAUCUGUAGCGCUCCUAUGGAAAUCCUCAUUAGCAUUCUUUACUGGAGCCUUCGCCUUAUCGAUGAACGCCUCGUCAUUCCUGAGUGGGCAGUUAUACCCAUGAGUGCUGACAUCAGCUUCCACGCAAUCCCAUCAAUCGUCUUCCUGAUAGACCUUCUCUUCCUCUCUCCACCCUGGACAAUCACUAUCGGCCCCGCCCUCGCCCUCUCCAGCACCAUCGCAGUCAGCUACUGGUUCUGGGUAGAACGCUGUUUCCAGCUCAACGGAUGGUACCCUUAUCCAAUCUUCGAGCAAGUCCCCUUCGAAGGCCGCGUCGGGCUCUUUGUCCUCAGUGCCGUCGUAAUGGCUCUCAGCACCGCAACCCUGAAAUGGCUCCACGGCCGUGUUAAUGGGUUUGGCACGUCGGUGAAGCCUCAGGCUCGACCGGGUGCUGUUAAGGCGAAUGGGAAUUUGUAAGGGUUAUGUUUUCUAACUGGGUUGAACCGAGUAUACGGCACCACCUAGGUAGCGAACUACCGCCGUCUAGAUAACCUUGUUUUUGACCUCGCUACCACUGCAGGAAAUCGUAAUCGAUAUGGCCUGGUGAGACUUCGGGGCGUUGUCAUUGCAUAUAUAUACGAUAGGGAAGCGAAGAACAAGCGCAUACAUAGUAUAGAAUCAACAUAAAUAAAUAAAUAUAUAUAUAUAUAUAUAUAUAUAUAUAUUAACUCCAAAAGUUCAAAGAAAUAACUUUCC